UAUUGUUUCAGUUUUGGAGAAACAUCUUUUCCACUGCAUAUUCGGUUCGAGAUCAUUUCCGGAAUAAACAAAUUUUCCUCAAGGCGAUCGAUCUAUCGAUGAACCACAAAAUUUGAAUAUCCACUUGAAGGAAAUUAUGGCGGACACAAAUGACGACGACUCAUCGCAGAGUUCUAGUAUUCUAGAUGCCACUGGUACCCUACAGCAGCGAGCUAAUGAAAUUCGAUCCCAUAUGGUCAACUGGAUGUCUUACCGUCAGAGCAAUAUGAUUACUCAAGAUGACUACAACUUUAUUAUUGCUUUUGACAAAGCAAGGGACAAGAAAUCCCGCGACGCCAUUCUUGAAGCCCAGGGACACCAGUGCUCGAAAACAUUUCUCAGCCUUCUUGGCCACAUUUCCAAAGAUCAGACCCUGCAAUACAUUCUCAUCAUGAUUGAUGACAUGCUACAAGAGGACAAGUCUCGGGUCGAAUUGUUUAAGCCCACCAAGCAUACUAAAAAGAAAAGUGAUUCAAUCUGGAGCCCCUUCUUGACUUUACUGACGAGACCUGAUGGCUUCAUUAUGAACAUGACAAGCCGGAUCAUUGCCAAGCUGGCCUGUUGGAGCAAGGAGUUGAUGGAUGGUGCUGAUCUUAAUUUAUACCUCUCUUGGCUUAAGGAUCAGCUAAGACAGCCAAACAAUGAGUACAUUCAGUCAGUUGCACGGUGUUUGCAGAUGAUGCUUCGUAUUGAUGAAUAUAGGCUGGCUUUUGUAACUGUUGAUGGAAUAUCUAAGCUUGUGACAGUGUUAGCUGGGAAAGGCAAUUACCAAAUCCAAUAUCAGCUGAUCUUUUGUAUUUGGGUCAUGACUUUCAAUGAAACUUUAGCUGAAAGAAUGCACAAAUUUAAUGUUAUUCCAAUACUCUCAGAUAUAUUAAGUGAAUGUCCAAAAGAAAAAGUAACAAGAAUAAUAUUGGCAACAUUAAGAAACCUGAUUGAAAAGCCAGAGGAGUUAAGCAUUAGCCGAGAUAAUGCCAUUGCCAUGGUGCAGUGCAAAGUGCUGAAACAAUUGGACAUACUUCAGAGUCGCAGGUUUGAUGAUCCAGACAUUGUAGAAGAUUUAGAAUUCCUCAAUGAAAAGCUUCAGACAAGCGUUCAAGAUUUAAGCUCUUUUGAUGAAUAUUCUACAGAAAUUAAAUCAGGCAGAUUAGAGUGGAGUCCUGUGCACAACUCUGAGAAAUUUUGGCGAGAAAACACUCAUCGCUUGAAUGAAAAAAAUUAUGAACUAUUAAAAAUCUUAAUUUGUCUUCUUGAAAAUAGUAAAGAUCCUCUAGUCUUAAGUGUUGCAGCUCAUGAUAUUGGAGAAUAUGUACGCCAUUAUCCUCGUGGGAAGCAUGUAAUAGAAGGUCUAGGUGGUAAACAGCAAGUCAUGCAUCUGUUAUCACAUGAAGACCCUAAUGUUAGAUAUCAAGCAUUACUAUGUGUACAGAAACUUAUGGUUCAUAAUUGGACUAGCUUAUGCUUAAAGUGUAGUGGACUUAGAUUAGAUGCUCGUAUAAAAUCUCCCGAUUGUAGUAACGGAAAUUGUUUCUUUAAAACUGAUUUUGCUACUAAGUAGUAGAAACAAUUUGUUUGAGAAAGAAAUUUGAAUUUCACCACGAGGGAGUAUCUGGGUAAACAGCUCGAGAAGGAGACUAGUCAGGCAGUUUCUGCAAAAGCUUAAAGAAACGCUCUUCAGUAGAGGAACCAUUUCAGUGUUUGGAUAGAGAAUAUAUUUAUUUAUAGCCCAGAUGUUGAGGUUUGCUUUUCCGCUCUUCUGAGCCGAUAUCGUGCUCGAGGCACCUUGAUCUAUACAUUCCAGAAAGCCAUGAUGUUACGUCAUGAAUGAUGGUAUUGUGUUAACUUUGUAGAUACUGGUAUUCGAUUCGCCAAUUGAUGUGGAACAUAUAUUGUUGAUUAUAAAUAAUUUUAAUAUUUGAUUCAGUGAUUUAUUUUGUUAUUGUUCGUAAUAAUUUCUCAAUCAUCAAAUGAGUCCUCUGGCUGAUUUUAGACACCAUUUUUUGUUUAGAUUUUUUAAAUUCAUGGCAUGUUUUUAAUGUUUGUUAUUCUGAGUAUAGUUGUGUUUUAUGGAACAUUGAAAACCACAAAAGCUUUUACUGUAUAAAUAUGAGCAUAAGUACAAAGAUGGUUUAGAAAAUUGAAUUUUCAGUUUUGGGUAAAACUCAUCAGAAAUCUGUGCAGGACUGUUUUAAACUAAUUUUUUAAUUGCAGGUUUCAUCUUUCAAUAACUCCUAUUGAAAUAAUAAAUCAAACUUAUUUUAUAACAAAAGAUAAAUUAUUAAACAUUCUUUAUUGUUGAAAUGAAAUGCUGUGGUGCUGUAUUUUAUUGAUUAUAAGCUAAAUAAAAUUAGUAAAAUAGUUUUGAGCACAAAUAGAUAUAAUGUACUUUUGUAUCUACAUACAUUUAAAUAAGUUAAUAGUAGUUUGAACUUAAGCAACAUUUAAGUUUUUAUCCAAAAGUAAAAGUAAGAUUUUGUUCUGUAUGAAUCCUUAUAUUUUUUGAGGUUAAUUGUUCAAAGAAGUUGCAUGUUUUGAAGUUGAAAAUAAAUCAUGACACUUGUUAUGAUUAUGAUCCAUAUAAUUGUAGAUGUUUAACUACUUCUUGUAAUAUUUUUAAUUUCAUCAUCAGUACUAAUAUAUUUCAUCUAAUUAAGCAUUUGUAAACAAAUGUAAUGCUUUCAUACUCAUUUUCUGGUAUGCACUUUCCUAUUCCUCAUCAGUACAGUAAUGUUAAAGGCAUUGAUUUUGGGUUUUCUCAUAGUUGUCAUUUGUAUUGUUAUUACUCUCUUUUUAAAUAUAGCUAGAAAUUUCAAAUAAUGUGUACAGUUAUUUUUUUGCAGCCGACUAGUUCAAAUAAAAAAAUAGGAUGUAUAGAAAAACUAAAGCAUGAUCGAAAUUAACUCAAUAGUUAUAAUAUAAAUUUUUGUAUUAUGUAUUUCUCAUAUGCAUUAAGUAACAAGUUACAGAAAUUUGGUUGAUGUUUUAUAAAAUAAGUUCAUUUUUCUACAAACGUCUUUCGAUUUCUGAGCCUCUGGCUAUUAUAUAAAUGUUUUAUGCAAUUAACUUAUUUUAUACAAAGCCUCAUAAAAGUAAAAGUUUUGUUAUCUGGUAUUUCAAACUGUGAGCUGGUUCAGUGUUCAUACUUUGGUCUGUUGUUGAACAGAAGGAGUUCAAAAUUAUGUGUUAUUAAAAAAACAACUAUUCCAAUGUAUUCCAGACUGUUAAAAUAAAAUGCUUUCGAAAUGUU